GCCACGUAGCAUAUCGGGAAAUUUCAAGCAAUUCAAAAUGGCCGAAAAACAUAGAAUGUCGUCUGACAAUGAAUACGAAAUGUCUCUCAACGCAAAAAUUAAGGAAUUGUCCAGCGAUUACAGUGACCAAAAGCUGCAGCUGUUACUCAAAGAGCACGGGUUUGGCCAUCUCCCGUUCUCUGAAGCCACCAAAAAUCUCCUGGUGAAGAAGCUUGCGAGGAAAAUGUUGGGCCCAGACCCAGCGCAAGAAGACAGUGCUGAGAAUGUUUCCAGCCCAUCCAACCUGUCGCCUCAAAGCAAGACCUCAGAGAGCAGGAAAAGCGACAGUUCAGGACCCACGGAUGGUUGUACCGCCGCGGACUCAAACCCAAACAAAACACACUACGCUGUCUGCAUUCCUGGACUAGUGAACACCAUCACAGUGGCCAGCGACUUCAAACAAGUCCUGAAGCUGAUGAAAGAACACAAGUGUGACAACCCGCGCAUGCUGUCCUUCCCAAACCUACAGGAAGCCACAGCGUUUUCUAAAAAGACCACAGCUGUCGAAGUUUGCAAAGGCGCCAACAUCAAGUCGAGUUAUCCAAAUGAAAAAGCAGAAGUGGAGACAGGAGAAGUGAAGCUGUUCCCCUCCCUCACCCCUCCACAACUGAACAAGUUUCGGAUUCACUUGGAGAAAGGCCUGCUGGAUUACGCCAAGGAAUGCAUCGCAGUCAAUCCACGGUACCUGAUCGGCAACGGAGACAUGCCAACAAUACUGAAGGAAGGACCACGGUACAAUGCUCUGCACGCGUGUGUGGUGGCCAAUCAGCUCGCUUCGUGCCAGCUGGUGAUGGGGACAGUGAGUGACGCAGAGUACCUAAAGAGAAUGUACGGCAGCUUGCCGCGGUCGCAGGAAAUCUCACACAGGCUGGUGGACCUAUACCUCAACACCCCGGACAAAGUGGCCAAAAAGACUCCGCUGCACAUCGCCAGCGAGAAAGGGAUGGUGGAGAUCGUGGCGUUCCUGGUGAGCUUCAAGGCGUGUGUCAGAGACUACAACAAACGCUUCGCUGUCAUUGACGUUCAGGUGGGUUCUUUGUUCUCUCUCAU